AUGAUCAACAGCUGGGGAGGUUGGGCUUUGUUCCAAGAGCUGCUGAAGACUCUUCAUUCUAUUGCCCAAAAGUAUGGUGCUUCUCUCUCGAACAUGGCCACCAGAUGGGUCUUGGACUUCUCUUACGUUGGUGCGGUCAUUAUUGGCACAAGAAUGAGUAUCAGCCAGCAAUGUGACGAGAGCCUAGCAUCGCUUGGCUGGAAAUUGGAUGCUGAUGACCAAAAGCAAAUACAAGACAUUCUCAACCGGAGCCGCAGGACUGAGAUGUUUGAGAGUCUAGGUGACUGUGGUGGUGAAUAUAGAUAG